AUGAGACGUUUUACAAGGAGUUGGUAUGAGCCUGUUCCUCGCACCUCGCACGAUGAGGACGAAGAGAUUGAGUUGGCGUGGCCCAGUCUGAUGGCGGGUCGCUACCCUAGCCAUUCUCGAGUCAGCACAGUCGAGCAUCUGUUGGCCAUCAUAGUCCAGUCAAUUCAAGCAGUGAAGCGGCGCAUAUGGCGCCGCUCUCUUUUUGUCUUCUUCAAGAUCCGUAAAGUUUUUUCGAUCCUGGUCUGCCUCCUGUCAAGCUUGAUUCUUAUUACAUUUGCCUUCUUCCCCUCAUACACCCAUCUUCCUCCGCAUUACCGUGCCCUGCAAUCCGCCGUCGAGGCAUCCACAGCACGCGGCCGGGGCAACAUUCACAAUUCGACUGUGUUUAUCGCGGUCAGCCUCUAUGACAAAACUGGGGUUCUGGCGGGGGGUGCUUGGGGCCAGAGUCUUCUGGACCUGAUCGAUAUGAUCGGGCCGGAACGGGUAUAUCUGAGCAUUUAUGAGAACAACAGCGAUGCGGAAGGCGAACAAGCGCUCUGGAACCUACGCGAUAAGGUUCCAUGCAACCAUACUAUUGCGUAUGACGCCCACUUUAACUUCACCGGCUUUCCCACCGUCACGCUGCCCGACGGAUCCGUUUACGUCCGCCGCGUAGCCUACCUGGCCGAGGUACGUAACCGGGCACUGCAGCCCCUUGCGAACCUUUCCAUCCAAUUUGACCACCUGCUUGUUCUGAAUGACAUCUAUUUCAAUCCUCUCGAUGCCCUGCAGCUCCUUUUCUCGACGCACACCAACCACCGAACUGGCCGACCGGAUUACCGCGCCGCCUGCGCUGUCGACUUUAUCAACCCGUUCAAGUUCUAUGAUACAUUUGCAACACGCGACUUUGAGGGCUACAGCAUGGGCCUUCCAUUUUUUCCCUGGUUCACAACUGCCGGUAAAGCAGAGAGCCGUGCCGAUGUGCUCCGCGGCACCGAUGCGGUCCGCGUCCGAAGCUGCUGGGGAGGCAUGGUUGCCUUUGACGCCGGAUUCUUCCAGCCAGACACAAAGAAUCAGCUCUCGUCUCAUCGCGGCCGGCCCGUGCCGGUGCGCUUCCGCAGCGAGAAGGAUCUAUUCUGGGAGUCAUCAGAAUGCUGCUUGAUCCACGCGGAUAUCCAACGGUGGCACUCUUCUUCCACAGACGAGAUGGAGGGAGAGGAAGAGGGAGAAGAUACAGGCAUCUACAUGAACCCGUUCAUCCGCGUGGCCUACCACCCAGUGUCGUUUAGCUGGCUCCAAACCUCGCGGCGGGUGGAGCGGCUCUAUUCGCUCGUGCAUGGACUGCUCAGUACGGUGUUCAGCUUUCCGGUUCAUAAUCCUCGUCGCACAGAGGCACCGGGCCAAGAAAUACAGGAAAUGAUCUGGGUAGGAGGUGAAAUGAACGACGGGGGGCACUUUGCACCGGUGACGCGGACUGCAAGCCAUGAUGGGUUUUGCGGAAGGUGGGAUUUGCAGGUUCUCGCGCAGCGGGAUGAGACGGGUGAAGGGGGCUGGUUCUCGGUGCCUGUGCCUGGGUUGCCGGGGUUGUCAGCUUGA